CCAGAAGUUCCGAGUGAAGAGCCCUCAAUAGAUCCUCGCGUUGGAGGAGGGCCUCGAGUCAGUUGACCAGGAUGCCGCCAAAGUUCCAGCGGCAGAAGACAAUCGAGGAGCAGUACCAAAAGCUUUCCCAGUUGGAGCACAUCCUUCUAAGGCCCGAUUCCUACGUGGGGUCCGUGGAGUUCCAGAAGGAAUGGCAGUGGGUCUACAACGAAAAGGACGGCUCAGUGGAGCAGAAGAACCUCAACUUCGUGCCUGGACUCUACAAGAUCUUUGAUGAAAUCUUGGUGAAUGCAGCUGACAAUUAUGUGCGCGACCACUCGCAAACCUAUAUCAAGGUCACCAUCAACGAGAAGGAAGGAUUCAUCAGUAUUGAAAACAAUGGCCAUGGCUUACCCGUAGAGGAGCACAAGGAGCACAAGAUGUAUGUCCCCGAGCUUGUGUUCGGCCACCUACUGACCAGCGAUAACUACGAUGAUAGCGAGAAGAAGGUCACUGGUGGAAGAAACGGCUACGGCGCGAAGCUCACCAACAUCUUCUCCAAGAGGUUUGAGAUAGAAUGCGGGGAUUCCGACCGCAAGAAGAAGUACCAUCAGAUCUGGGAGGGAAAUAUGCAGACAAAGCAGAAGGCGAAGAUCUCCUCCCAUUCUGGUGAGAGCUUCACCAAGAUCACUUUCUGGCCAGACUUGCAGCGCUUCGGCAUGAAGAAGUUGGACAAGGAUAUUGUUGGGCUCAUGUCCCGGCGCGUCGUGGACGUUGCGGGCACCACGCCGAGCAAAUGCAAGAUCCACCUGAACGGAAAGAGGCUAGACAUCAAUAGCUUCAAAGACUACAUUCAGCUCUACACAGGGACUGAAGACGUUCAGAUUGUGCACGAAAAAUGCCAUGAGCGAUGGGAGGUUGCCAUGACCGUGUCAGAUGGACAGUUCCAGCAGGUGUCCUUUGUCAACAACAUCGCAACCACCAAGGGCGGUACUCAUGUGGUUCAUGUCGCCGACCAGCUUGUGGAGGCCAUCACCCACAAAGUCAACAAGCAGAACAAAGGCGGCAUGGAAAUCAAGCCGUACCACGUGCGAAAUUACUUGUGGAUCUUCGUCAAUGCCCAGAUUGAGAACCCCUCUUUCGACUCGCAAACCAAAGAGACCAUGACGCUGAAAGCUGCCAAGUUUGGGUCAAGCUGCCAUAUUCCAGAUAAGAUGAUCGACAAAGUCCUGAAAACUGGCAUUGUGGAUAUGGUGUUGCAGUGGGCCAGGGCAAAAGAAGAGAUUGAGCUUGGGAAGACCAUGAAGGGUGGUUCCAGUGCUCCGAACAAGAAGACGAAGAGGCUGCUGAACAUUCCGAAGCUGGAGGAUGCCAACCUCGCCGGUGGACGGGAUGGCCGCGAGUGCACCCUGAUCCUCACUGAGGGCGACAGCGCCAAAUCACUGGCAGUGGCUGGUCUAGGAGUCAUUGGCCGCGAUCGGUAUGGUGCCUUCCCACUCCGCGGGAAGAUCUUGAAUGUCCGCGAUGCAAACUUUGCCCAGACAAUGAGCAAUGCAGAGAUCGCGAAUAUUACCAAGAUCGUCGGCCUUGAGCCCAGGAAGGAGUACCACUCCGCAAACUCUCUGAGAUACGGAUCCAUCAUGGUCAUGACGGACCAAGAUUACGAUGGCUCCCACAUCAAAGGCCUCAUCCUGAACUUCAUUCAGCACUGGUGGCCAUCGCUCUUCAAGCUGCCCGGCUUCAUGACGGAGUUUGUGACUCCCAUCGUGAAGGUGCAUCGGCGAGGCGUGAUGCAGCAGUUCUUCACAAUGCAGGAGUAUGAGAAAUGGAAGGAAGAGAACAACAACGGACGAGGAUGGCACUUGAAGUACUACAAAGGAUUGGGGACUUCAACAACAGCAGAGGCCAAGGAAUACUUCAGCAACAUCAACGACCACAGUUUGUCCUUCAAGUACACUGGGGCGAAGGAUGAAGAGGCUUUUGAUAUGGCCUUCAACAAGAAGAGAGCAGAUGACCGCAAGGAAUGGAUAAACGAGGCCGACGACGAAGAGUUUGUUGACCACUCGAAGGAUUCUGUCACCUACACAGACUUCAUCAACAAAGAGUUGGUGCAAUUCGCCAAGUAUGACGUCUUGCGUGCCAUCCCCUCGCUGGUUGACGGCUACAAGCCGGUUCAGAGAAAGAUCAUGUGGGCAGCGUUCAAGCGGAAUUUGAAAUCCGACACCAAAGUGGCACAAUUUGCAGGAUACGUGUCUGAAAAUGCCGCAUACCACCACGGAGAGACGUCACUUCAAGGUGCAAUCGUCGGACUGGCACAGUCCUUCGUUGGCUCAAACAACGUGGGCUUCCUACAUCCUUCUGGGCAAUUCGGGACGCGGCUUCAGGGUGGCAAGGAUGCGGCAAGUGCCCGUUACAUCUACACUCGGCUGGAGAGGAUCUCAAGGUUGAUCUUUCACCCAGCAGAUGAUGCCUUGCUGGACUUUCAGGUGGAGGAAGGGCAGCGAAUCGAGCCCAAGUGGUACAUCCCAGUGAUGCCCACUGUCCUGGUGAACGGCGCAGAAGGCAUCGGAACUGGCUGGUCCACUUCGCUGCCCAACUACCAUCCUCGUGAUAUCAUUGCAAACCUGAAGAGGUAUAUCCGAUGCCAGCCAAUCCAGGAGAUGUGCCCCUGGUAUGCUGGCUUCAAGGGCAGCAUUGUCCUGUCCCCUGACAAGGUGGGCUACGACACUGUGGGGGUCGUCGAGAAGCGAGGCCCCACAACCUUGGAGAUCACUGAGCUGCCCAUCAAAAAAUGGACUCAGGACUACAAGGAGGCAGUGUUGCAGGCCAUGCUGUCCACAGAAGGUCCGGGCACUGGCCAGAUCGAGGAUUUCAAGGAGUGCCACACCGAGGCAACUGUCCACUUCGUGAUCACAGUGACUGAGGAGCAAAUGGCAGCCCACGAGUAUAUAGGACUGGAGAAGUCCUUCAAGCUGCGAAGCUCGCUGUCGACCAACAACAUGAUGUUCUUUGACAAGGAUGGCAAGAUCAAGCGUUAUUCGGACGAGAGACAAAUCAUUGAAGAGUUUGCAGAGCUGCGGCUCGAGUACUACCACAAGAGGAAGGCCCACUUGGUUCGGAAUCUGAGGAUCCAGGCAGAAGUGCUGGCGGCAAAGGCGCGCUUUGUCCAAGAGGUUAUCGAUGAGAAGCUCAAGGUCAAGAACCGCAAGAAAGACGUUUUGAUCGAGGACCUACGCAACCAUGGCUUCAAGACGCUUCAUGAGAUCACCGAAGGUGAAAGCCUAGAAGGAGUGGAUGGACCUCAAGGGAAAGGUUGGGAGUACCUGCUCGGCAUGCCUUUGUGGUCAUUGACUGCAGAGAGAGUGGCCUCCCUACUCGCCCAGCUCAAAGAGAAGCAGGCCGAGCUGGAAGAGCUGGAAUGUACAGCUCCCGAGGACAUGUGGGAAGUGGACCUCAACGCCAUUAUGGAAGAGCUGACAGUUAUGGAGGCCAGAAUCAAAACUGCGGCUGCAGAGGAGAGGACGGCUCAAAAGCGGGCAGCCGCAAGUCUGGCGCAGUCAUCCAAGAAAUCAAAGACCAUGAGUACCAUGGCCCCGCCACCAGUGCUGACUCCGGGGCAGAUUUCCGCGACAGCGCUCGCAGAGAUGCAGGAGCGGCAACUGAAGUCCACCAUCUCAGAGUUCCCGGGCCUCUUCGAUGACAUCGUCCCGAAGAAGCCGCCGCCGCCUCCUGGACUGGAACGCCUUGCCAGCAAAGGCAAAGUGGCGGAUGAAGGCGGCGAGGAGUCUGUGAAGCCAAAGGCUAAAGCCUUCUUUGCCAAGAAGGUGCGGGUGGUAGCGAAGGCCAAAGCCAAGUCCAAGUCCAAAGCUGGCGGACGGGGCCGUGGCAAAGCAGCUCGUGGCGGGCGCGGGCGGAAGUGACGAUCCAAAUUGGCGCAGCUCGAGUCAAGUGCUCGGCAAAACGUUCCGGCCAUGACCCUCUUUA